GCUUGUUAUACGUUGGCUUUAGUGCCUGUAUGUUUGGCCUCUACAGCUUUAUGCCAGUGGUCAUAAAGAAAACCAGUGCUACUGCCGUCAACCUCUCCCUGCUCACGGCUGACCUGUACAGCCUCUUCUGUGGAUUAUUCCUCUUCCACUACAAGUUUUCAGGACUUUACUUGUUGUCAUUCUUCACUAUCCUUGUUGGGCUGGUGCUCUACUCCUCCACGUCCACCUACAUAGCCCAGGAUCCUCGGGUGUACAAGCAGUUUCGAAACCCUUCAGGACCUGUUGUAGACCUGCCAGCCACCGGCCAGCUGGAGCCUUCGGUAACGUACACCAGCCUGGGGCAGGAGACGGAAGAGGAGCCUCACGUUAGAGUUGCUUAAACCCAGAGCUGUUGAUCACCUACUGGUGAUUCAGUGGAGCUCGUAUAUCCAUUAUCUCUGUAUUGUACAUAGAGAAAGGUAUUUACCAGGUGCAGUUACACCGGUGAGCUGCAAGGUAGCAAAUAAGGAAAGCUCAUAAAAAUACAAAUUAAUUGUUCCAGGGUGUUCAUUGCAAGGAGAUGCCAGUCCCUCGUUUAUGAUAUGAGCAGCAUGUUUGCAAUACAAACUGCUGUAUAUCAAUCUGUUAAUGUCAAACUAACCUGUGAAAGAUAUUCAAUAUGUAAGUUGAGAUUUCAAAAAGAAAUUCAUAGAAGGGUGUUUCUGCACCUACUGAGUGAUAUUAUGCCUAAGCCACACCGGUUGUGGAAAAGCCGCCUUUUUACAGCAAAUACAGUUGUGCAGUCACUGUUAAUUUCUCUCUAAGAUUUGUUUGUUUGCACAAAAUAGAUGGGUUACUCGUGGUAGUGACACCCUGACACAUUUUUGCCAGCACCGUGGAUUUGGAGAGGGAAAGACAACGAAUUCAUCUGUGCCAUCUGUCUAGUUGCCCUUUCUAGGUAAUCUGUUCCAUGAGUCCAGAGGAGGGACAACUUACAAUAUCCGUCUCUAUUCUAGGAAUAGGUAUAAGGCAAGCAUUUUAGCCUUUCUAUAUUUGCAGAAGUGAAGUACUCAAGCAUUGACCUCUCCAUGAUCCAUGGCAGAUUUCCUAGCGGCUGAGGUUCUGCAUCAAGUGACAGGGAGUUAAUUUCUCUGUAGUCGUGACUAACACAGAUUUCUUACUUUUUAAACUUUAAUCUGUAAAAAGAAAAAUGCAUUUUCUAGUUUCCUUUGUAUUGUACCUCUCCACGGUAAGAUGACCUAUCAUGUGGAUCAGGGCACUUAUUUUAGAUACUCAGUGCAUCGAGGGCGCCUUCUGCUGUUCCAGUUUGCUUAGUCUCCCGUGGUUCAUUAUUUUAACAAUAGCUAUGUAGAAAUGUGUCAGUUUUUCACCAAAACCUAUACGUUGUAAAAAUCAGGAAGAU